UUCAAAUGUGACCCUGCUUACUAUACACCACAACCGUACCGUACCGUGACCAAGCACUAUCAUUGCCGCCACGAGUCUUGUCAGCCCGACCCCUUUCACACGACGUCUAACGCCAUCCCACCGUCGUGAUCCGGAAGCAGCAGCUUCAUUCCACGCUGUACGCCCCCGCUAGCCCAGCGGAGCACGUCCAAAAGAGAAAGGUCCCAAACGAAAAAGGAGAGCAAUCCGCUUUCGAUCGGCGUUCACCAUGGCGGCCAAAGCCAGGGCGAGAGUGCUGAUCACUCGCUUGAUGUCCACUGCGGGAACGGGAUACUAUUACACUACCAAGAGGUUGCGCGUAGCUGAUAAAUUGGCAAAGAUGAAGUAUGAUCCUGUUGGUGAGUUGUUUUUUUCUACCUUUGCACAUUAUUGGCUGGUCGGGCUGGCAUUGGCGAGUAAGGAUGCGAGCGAAAUCAUGAGGAGCGUUGAAUGGUGUUGGUCAAGGUAUUCAGAGGGCGAGAAGCGCAGGCCUGGACUGUGCUGGGGCCGGGCUUUUUGGAAGGAACAGGAGGAAGCUUGGUCUGCACCGGACCUGAUCACCACUUGCCGAAAGUCUCGCGACGUUUCGGCUUCGCUCUUCGUCAAAGAUUGCUGAAAGCGCCCUUUCUCUGCUCAUGCUGGCUGCUCUUCCAGUCAAGAGGCACGUCCUCUUCAAGGAAGUCAAAAAGUAAUCGCAUCCCAACACAACUUUUGGCCCAACGUCAUCAAUCCGUUCACCAUCCGGCCAGGUGUUCAAAAGUUGAAAUCCGAGCACGCGUGUCUCGCCGAAUGUGUACUCGAUGCAGCUUUCCACGUCAUGUAGGAGGUGAAAGCGGGCAUGGAGGGGCCAACGAAGCACGCAGAUGACCAUGCGAAGGGCGACGAAAAGGGGAGGAGGGGGCAAAAGAAUCACGAUUUCGACGUUCGCCAACUUUUUCUUGGUGGAAAAGGCAUGGCGGAAAUUUGUUGAGGGGGGGUGGGGAAUUGCUGCUGUUUAUGGAGUUCGCACACGUGGCUCUAGACAAUCAGAGGAAAAUGUACAAAUCGAAUCUUGUGCUCCAUACUUGACUACAACGUGGGAUUGUGCGCUCGACAAGGGAAUCUAGCG